CAGCAGUUUAUUUCGUAAUGUUUUUUGAUGCGGAGGCUGGCGCUGAAUGCAGUCUGUAUUUGUAGAGCAUACGCUUUUUAUUGACUUGGAUUAGGAGGGAUUGUAAACUCUUUAAUCUCUGGGAUUGUCAAUUACUUUUUGCUGUUGCCGACUGCGGUGCGACGCACUCAGCAGAUUCAAGCAGAGAGUGGAAUGGUAGACCGCAUGAUGGCAAUGAACCAUGGACGUUUCCCAGAUGCUGUGAAUGGGCAUCAGCACUCCGCGCGCAGGAUGGGAAUGGGACAGUUUUCCAACGCGCUUCCCCAGCAGCAGCAGCAGCAGCAUUAUAACGUUAUCAUGGGAGAUCACAUGCAUUACGCGGGAGGGAAUGUAAACGCAAACCACGGGAUCCGGCAUUCCAUGGCCUCUGGGAAUAAUAUAAACGGAGGGAUUCCCAAUGGCAACUUGCCUGCCCGCUUUAACUCCCAGUUUGUCGGACAAGGGCAGCAGCAGCUCGCUGCCAGCAUGCAGUUGCAGAAGCUCAACACGCCUUACUACGGUCACCUCACGCAUCCUUCCCAUCAUCACUAUUACAUGCACGAACUGCACCCCGCCAGCCACCAGUUAAACGGGACAGGACAGCAGUUCCGAGACAGUAACGCUAAGCAGAACACUUCUGGGGUUCCUCUGCCUGGCCACCACAUGCCUGCAGCAAUGCUGCCCCCCAACGUUAUCGACACGGAUUUUAUUGACGAGGAGGUCUUGAUGUCACUGGUGAUAGAAAUGGGCUUGGACCGAAUAAAGGAGCUGCCAGAGCUCUGGCUGGGACAGAAUGAGUUUGAUUUCAUGACAGACUUCGUUUGUAAGCAACAGCCCAGCAGAGUGAGCUGUUAAUCUCACCUUUUCCGUUUUUGUUCCCUUUUUUGGUUUUGUCCUUUUUUUAUGAGACUGAUAUUACUGGUGUGUUUUCCUAGAUCCAUAAACCACAGGGUUCCCACAGUCCUGGAUACAUCAGGGAGUUUCAAAAGUUUGAUUUCCAGGCCUGAAUAAGUCAUGGGCAUUAAUUAAAUAUGUUAAAGUUCAUGGAAAUUUGUGUAGUCAAUAUACAUUUUUUUUUAGAUUCCAUUGACGUAAAAAAAUGAAUGCGAUCUCUAUAUUUUUAAAAAUCCUUCAGAUCACAGAUGACUAGAGAAGGGGGAAAUCAUUUAAAUUCAUUAGUAAGAAAGUGUGGGAACCC